AAGUCCUGCAAAGCAGAGAUCUGCCUGUCUAGCCCACGGGUUCAACCGCGUCACGCAAGUAAACCUCCUAGACUUCAACACCAUCCCAAGAACAGUAAUAUCGACCAUGGGCGCAGCACUGAGCAGAGCAACCUCGUACAAAGCUCAAUUGGGCCGUUAUGCGGGAACUGACUCGCCAUUGCUCGAUAAACAGACCCUGAAUGGCACGAUUGGCCCGGUUAUCCCUCAUGCGUUUGAGACAAAACACUACGCGGAGGCAUUACUACGCCUCGAGGCGUUACUGAUACCGCCAAACGACACCAAAACAACGGCCGUAUUGACGUUCAUUCUCGGUGUUGCGCGUCUCGAACUCGGUGAUCGAUGCGGUGCGCUGACUGCUUGGACGCGAGCACAGACAUUGUUGGGUGCUGGGAAGGAUGUCAAGUUCGACAAAAGUAUCGACAACCUUGCGCGGUCGAUCCAGCGGGAUCGUCAGGCAGCGUCGCGAGAUCUCGCGAGGAUGCCGCCGCGAUCAUACGUCCAGCAAUACAAGCCCGUUGAGGCUCUUGAGAUUCCCAACCGCGAUCCGCUGAAUAUCGAGCUCCUCGAACGAGCGAUGUUUAUCUGGAAAGAAAUGACACCGGAAGAGAAGGAAGCGUUUCAGCGCAUGGCCCUGAUAUCCAAUUGCGAACUUGAGGGUAUUUUCCAGCUUGAUGAUCUGCGACGGGCGCGUUUGAUCACGCAGGGAUUCCGGACGGAUCUCAUCUCCGGAUGGUCACCCGCAGAUGCAGGAUACGGGUACAUCCACGACACGCAAAGUUUGAUCUCCCAUCUCGAAUCAUUACAGAAAACCCUUGAUCUGAUACAGGAAUGGAUCGACACUGGUCGGGAUACGCGACUCACACUUGCAGAUUUGAAGCAAUUGCAUAUUUUGGCAAUGGGUAAUGCUCGGUUCAAGUCAGGCAAACUCGUAUCAGUCGGCGAGUUCAAAAUCCAUGCUAAUUUCGGCGAGCAUCCCGAUGGCAAGGUUGUCUUCUGUCCACCCAACAGGGUUGAGGCAGAGUUGAAUAUGCUACUCGAACUAUACGCCGACUACGGUACUAAGUUCAGACAUCGGCCCGUCCUCCUCGCUGAAUGGAUCCACUGUCAAUUUGCCCGCAUUCAUCCUUUCGAGGAGGGAAGUUACCUCGUCGCCAGGUUGCUGUCGUUCAUGCCAAAGAUGAUUGCGAAUACACCCCUAACACUCGUGCCGGCGAGCAGACGGCAGGAUUAUCUGAAAGUUCUGUUGGAUGCUCAUGCGUGGAAGGACAAGAUCAAUUAUCUUGGACGAUUCGUGAUUUCGGAAUCCCUUGAUGCCAUGAUCAAGUGCGAGGACCUCAUGGCCAAGGAGGCUCAUCAGUACUGAGGAUGGAGGAAGCUCUAAUGUCUUUUUGUAAUGUUGGCGUUAUAUCUGGAUUGCAUUUGAAACGGAGGAGUUCAAGUUCGUGAUUGGCGGUCGGACUCGACAAGGCUCAAUUGAGGUUAGGAAAAAGCCUGAAGCUUUUAGUUAGCAUAGUUUCUAAUAAUAUACCCAUUCAUACUGUCU